GUUAAGUUUUUGAAUAUAUUAUAACCACAGAAAUUUAACUCAUGUGUAAAAUUUAUGAUGUUGGAGUUUAGAAAAGUUGAAGAGAUUGUGUGAUUUUCAGAUUGUGAGGGUUUUUUUUAAUAGGUACAUCGAGUCAUACUAAGAUAAUGAUUAGCACCAAUAACCUCCAGGAUGAGGAAAUGGAUCCUUCUGUUUCCAUGUCUAAAGGCGUCUUUUUAUUCUCCAAUGGAUUCAAGAGGACACAUAAAUCCAAAAAGCAUAAAAAAAAAUCUGUUUUUGAUAUUUAUUUUGGAUCUGAGGAAUGGCUUAUAACAUUUAGACACAACUGGAACUUAUUUGAAGAACAGUUAAAGAAUUUACAUGAAAAGUCAUACAGUGUGCUGUUACAUGAUGUUGUAAAUUAUUUAAAAAUUUGUCAUAAUGACAGUGAAAUGAAUAGUAUUGAGGGUGUUAUACCGAGUGCAACAUUGUUAACAGGUGUCAAUCAACCAGACCAUGUGGAGCAGUUUAUGUCACUUAUAAAUUUAAUAAGGGAAGAAGUCACACCCCAUGUAGCUAUGAUCAACUCACAAGAUGGUUCAACAGUUAAACAUCUCGUUGAAAAUGCAGUGUGGCAACUUAUAAGAGGUGUAGAUUUAGUGGAAAGUGAUGAAGAUAUCUGUGAUGAUAUUGUUGAUACAUCAAGAAAGUUAAAGAAAAGCACAUGCACAAUGAAAACGUUACGUAACUGGUAUAGAAGUAGAUAUAGCAAUGAAUCUCCAAGGAAAAUGAGACAACGGCAGUCUUUAAUUGUAAUAAUACCAGAUUUUGAGAGUUUUAACUGCAACACAUUACAAGAUUUUGUAAUGAUUAUAAGUUCCUACGUAUCAACGUUGCCUAUAGUAUUAGUGUUUGGAGUAGCUACCUCAGUUUCUGCAUUACAUAAAUCAUUUCCAUACCAAGUAUCUUCAAAGCUUCUUAUAAAAGUAUUUCACUCCCAUCCAUCACAUGUUUAUAUGAAUCAAGUACUAGAAAAUAUAUUUCUCACACACACAAGCCCGUUCCAUCUGUCCGGAAAAGCGUUUGAGCUGCUAACAGAUGUGUUUUUGUUUUACGAUUUCUCCGUUACUGGGUUCGUCCAAAGUAUAAAAUACUGCAUGAUGGAACACUACUAUGGAGAUAACAUAAAAUCACUGUGCUGUGAUCGAAAUAAACUGGAUAAUGCAGUGAUGAAGUUGUCUGCAGACGACCUAGAAAGCAUCAGGCAGCUGACGUCAUUCAAACCAUUCUUGGAAGUACAAGACUGUUUGACGACUAUUGCGUUGUUCAAAGAUAAUGAUUUUUUUAAAGAAGUAUUGAUAAAAGAACUGCAUAAACUCCAUGACUAUAUUUAUAGUUUCUAUGUGUGUGUGAGGCUUUUGUCAGUAUUUCUUAAAGAACUGCCAAAGAAUAUUUUAGGAAAAACAGUGCGCGAAGUUUAUGCCAAAUGUGCAACAGAACACAUCACAUCUACGGAAGGUUUCAAAGAAUGCAUGCAACUACUAAAGUUCCAAUCGCAAGCAAAAUUAGUAGACACUAUCAAAAAUGCCCACAAAGUGGUCAGCUCAGCUCUACAGAUGUCUUCGCCUGUCAAACCGUUGCGCCUGACCCCUAUGAAAAAUAAUUUAAACAAUUCUAGUCUGAAUAAUGAACUGGGAGAGGCAUUUAUCAAGAACAUUCGACUGUAUUUGAUGAUGUUUCUAAGACAGAUUGAGGACGCGAGCAAUGAAGAUACCACUGAGACUAUGAAUUGUGAGUCAGAUGAGGCUUAUGAUAAUGUCCAUGGGAAUAGAUACAAAUUGAAGGAGAAACUCCUCAAAGCUACGAGAGCUGAGAAAUUAGAAUCAAAAUUCGAGAUGAUACGAUCGAGGUUCGUGAGCAGUAUGGAAGAGAUAUUCAGCAAGGGUUUGCAACCGCCGCAUACGCAAACGUUCCACGAAAUACUUUUCUUUACGGAGGUAGCCAAUGUCAAGAAGCAGAUUAUUGGUUCGCCGCGUGGUGCGUUGCAUAUGGCUCUGAACAAUCCUGUUCAUUACUUGAAGUGCUGCUGUUGCAACUUGUCCUCGCCGGACAGCUUGUCGGAUAAACUGCCGGACGUAAGUCUAGCGUACAAGCUGCAUCGGGAGUGCGGGAAGCAUAUCAACUUGUACGACUGGUUGCAAGCCUUCGCUUCGGUAUUGAACCCUGACUGCGACGAGGAGAACAGGAGCCAUGAUGUCAAUAUACAAGUAAGAUUCACACGAGCUGUUGCAGAAUUGCAGUUUCUUGGCUUCAUUAAAACAUCAAAACGAAAGACUGAUCAUGUAAUGCGCCUCACUUGGUGACGAACAAAUUUUAAAUUAACUUAUUUUUUGAAUAAAGGAUGUGUUUUA